GGUUGUUUCUGUUUUUAUUUGUACGUUAUAUGUCCGUCGAGAUGCGGCGCUCAUUCUGCGCCUCCUUGAACUGGAUGGUCAUUUCUGAACUGGACUGACUUCAAAACAACAAGAGACUGUAGAAACUGAUGGUCAAACUGCGUGCUCAGCAAAUGACCAUGGAUUUUUCCCGUCUGCACACGUAUACUCCUCCUCAGUGUACUCCGGAUAACACGGGAUAUACCUAUUCACUCAGCUCAAGUUACUUGACCGCUGCUCUUGAGUUUGAGAAGGAGCAUCAAAUCAAUCCUGUGUUCGACUCUCCCAGAAUGUCUCGCCGUAGUUUGAGGCUACAGACCAGCGGUGGUUUUUAUGGGGACAACAGCCUCACUGAGCGCACAGGCGUUUACAGUGUCGGCUCCUACAAGCAGACCAGCUCCAGCAGCAGCUCCAGGACUGUGCGGAGCAGGAGGCAGCAGCAGAGCUCAUCCGUGUACGAGUCUGAGAGCGUGACUCAGACUCCUCAGAAAGACCAGACCCUGUCAGACCUGAGUUUCAGCAGUACAGUCAGUGAUGCAUCUCUGAUCUCCAGCCUGCUGGAUCAGUCCACACUCAGACAGACACAGAGAAGAAGAACUGCUCACAGCUCUCUGUUGGAGAAUGGAGACAUCAGUAAAACAGAGACGCACUCUAAUCUGGCUAACGGCUAUAUUUGUAAAGACUGCUCGUUCCAUGGCGACGGGAAGGAGGACGAAACUUCAUAUUCCUUACCGUACUCCACAUCUGUGUCUUCAGCGUAUCAGACAGCUGGAGAUGCCGCUAUAACCAGUUCUCUGAACAGUGUUGACAAGACAGCUCAUGACCGGUACUGUGGCAGUGUGAACGUACGAGAUCUGGUGACCACAGACAGCCAUCUCAAUCUCAAUGGCUCACUCUGUGAUGACUGUAAAGGAAAACAGCACAUGGAAAUCCACACGGAGCACAAACGCUAUUCCUAUUCCUCCCAGCAUGUAUACGCAGCCUUGUGGGCGCUUGUUUCUUACACAGGUUACGGGCUUCUGCGGGUUUGCCGAGGUUUGGGCUCGGCCGGUGCGUUUGUGACCCGGAAGCUGAAGUCCCUUCUGUGGCUGGCAGUGUGUUCUCCAGGGAAAGCAGCGACUGGCGCCUUCUGGUGGCUGGGAACAGGAUGGUAUCAGCUGGUCGCACUCAUGUCUCUGAUCAAUGUCUUUCUUCUCACCAGGUGUCUGCCCAAACUACUGAAGCUUCUUCUGUUUCUGCUCCCCUUGCUGCUGCUGUUCGGUUUAUGGUACCUUGGUCCGCCCAUCGCUCUGUCCUUCCUUCCAGCUGUAAACCUCACCGAGUGGAAAACAGCAGUCACUUCUUUCCCAUCGCUCCCUUCUCUCCCAUCUCUUCCCUCUUUACCUGCAUUACCUUCUUUCACACAAGAACCACUGGCUGAAGAACAGCACAUCUCAGCCCCGGUGAUCUCACAGGCUGCGUCAGAGUCCAUUACCAGCGAGCGUUUGGCUCGGCUGGAGCUGCGUGUGGCGGAGCUGUGGGAAAGCAUCAGACAGGGGGAGCUGAAGGCUAAACAGCAGCGAGAGGAGGCCGUUGGUUUGGUGCAGGCCCUUGAGCAUCAGAUGAACACACAGACAGACAGAGAGAGCCUCAGCCUGUGGGUUUCUCAGCUCCUGGAGCCCAAGUUCACCGCGCUCAAGGGAGAGAUGGAGAGAGUAGCACUUAACAGGGCAGAGUCUGAGGAACAGUACGUGCAGCAUCAGACGAGUCUCGAAGCUCGACUAGCCGAGCUGGAGCUCCUGCUGAAGAGCCUGAACUCUAGAACUGAGGAGCUCCAUCUCACACAGCAGACUCCGGUGCAGGCUUCCGUCAGUGUUGGAGUCUCUCAGGAGAAGCAUGAUGCUUUGCUCACUGAGGUUCAGAGGCUGGAAGCAGAGCUGGGCCGCAUCAGAGGAGACCUGCAAGGAAUGAUGGGAUGUAACGGGAAGUGUGACCAACUCGACACCAUACAUGAGACCGUGUCUGCGCAGGUGAAGGAACAGUUGUACGCUCUGUUGUACGGUCGAGACGGAGCUGAAGCAGAGAUCCCCGAGCCGCUGAUGCCCUGGCUGGCUUCUCAGUACACACGCUCAUCUGACCUCACCGCCACCCUCGUGACCCUGGAGCGCAGCAUUCUGGGAAAUCUGUCCCUGCAGCUGCAGGAGAGCAGACAGCAGCAGUUCUCGGCUGAAACGGUUACUCAGACGGUGGCCCACACCGCCGGGGCUGCUGGGAUGUCAGAGGAGCAAGUCCAGCUGAUGGUCCAGCGUGCACUGAAGCUGUACUCUGAGGAUCGCACCGGACAGGUGGACUACGCUCUGGAGUCUGGAGGUGGCAGUAUCCUCAGCACACGCUGCUCUGAGACCUACGAGACUAAAACAGCACUGAUGAGUCUGUUUGGAAUCCCGCUCUGGUACUUCUCCCAGUCGCCACGAGUCGUCAUCCAGCCGGACAUGUACCCAGGAAACUGCUGGGCGUAUAAAGGCUCCCAAGGUUAUCUGGUGAUCAGGCUCUCUUUAAGCGUGAUCCCUACCUCCUUCUGUCUGGAGCAUAUUCCCAAAAGCCUCUCUACUUCUGGAAACAUCAGCAGCGCGCCACGCCGAUUCUCCGUCUAUGGAUUGGAUGAUGAAUACCAGGAGGAAGGGAAACUGUUGGGUGACUACACCUAUCAAGAAGAUGGAGAGUCACUCCAGAUCUUUCCAGUUAUGGAGAAGAACGGCAAGGCCUUUCAGAUCAUUGAGAUGCGAGUGCUGUCGAACUGGGGUCAUCCUGAAUACACCUGCCUGUAUCGCUUCAGAGUUCACGGCACACCUCACACUCCGUGAUCAGGCCCGCUCUACAGUACUAUAUAACCCUUUAUGUACAUAUAGGAAACGCUCGGAUGAAACUGGCUUGCUAGACACAUUUCUAAGACUCUAAUACAAAUGAUGACUGAAACGAGGAGCACAGCGGGAAAGAGCAGUGUGUUUAAGCUAAGGAUUCCCACUCAUUUCCUUCCCAAGUCCCUGUUCUUGCACUGAUUCAUGCCCUUGCGGCUGGGCCCUGUGUCACGCUCUCACCCGCAGAGGUAUCUGUGCCUUCAGACAGAAUGUGCUUCUCUCAUUCUGUGUACAUCGUUUUUCCUUUGUUUUCUGAGUGUACAGAGAGGAGAGAAGUCACUGAUGCUUUGAGGUGUUCAUCUCACCAAACCUGAUGAGAAUAUGUCUGGGUCAUGUUUUACCCCAAAUCAUUUACUAAAUUAAAUUAUUUUAUUUUUUUAUUCCUUAAAAAAAAAAAGAUAAAGGCUCAUUAAGAUGAGCUUUCUCAUUACUGUAAUGCAAAAAAUAUGUAUUAUUUAAAGUUAAAUUUUUUUAACAUUAUGAUUGCAUUUGUUCUACUUAUUUUUAAAAUUCUAUUCAUUUUAAUGUUUUUUUUAUUUACUUUUAAAAGAUAUUGUAAUACAAAAUGUUGCUAUAUUAUUGAGAGUGGGAAAAAGUAAUACUUGUAAAUAUAUAAUAAUAAUAAUUAUUUUAUUAUUAUUUAGAUUGUUUUUUUUUAUAGGGUGGAAUAUGACCCAGGCAAGUUUUCACCCAACAGGCACUUCAUUUCAGGUUUUUUUUAUAUAUAUAUAUAUAUAUAUAUAUAUACAAACAAAUAAACUCAUACCAGCCAUAAAUUGCAGGAGACACUGGUUUGACCUCGGAUGCUUUCUCCUGAGAAAGGAAUGGAUGUUCAUGGACUGUAUGUGAGCUUGUGGACUAAUAUGUGUACAUUUGAACAAAACUGGACAUAAAACACUCACUUGUUUGUUUCUCUCGUCGGGAGUCAUAUCACAGUCACGAUUCGCUGCAGGAAUGUAACUUAUUGUAAUUAGACCUUUUUAAUCAACUUCAAUCAGUGUUUACUUUACAUAAAGGGGUGCGCCCUGUCAUCAUCUUUACCCUUUUUUGUGUUUUUAAACAUUUUAGUUAAAGGAACACUCCACUAUUUUUGAAAAUAGGCUCAUUUUUCAACUCCACCAGAGUUAAACAGUUGAGUUUUACUGUUUUUGAAUCCAUUCAGCCGAUCUCCAGUACACAAUUUAAAUAAACUCUUUGGUCAUUAUGAGUGAGAUGCUAACGUUCUAGUCAGAUUCAAUGAUCUCUGCUAAGCUAAGCUAAAAGUGCUACUGCCAGACCCAGAGAUCAGCUGAAUGGAUUCAAAAACUGUAAAACUCAACUGUUUAACUCUUGUUUAAUUUAAAAAUUGAGCCUAUUUUCAAAAAAAGUGGAGUGUUCCUUUAAAUUAGGCAGUGCACUGUUAUGUCUUUAUAAAGGAAAUGUAAGUUGCACAAAGUCCUGUGUGAUUCGUUGGAUGUUUGAAAAGUCAGGGGUUGCACUGUGUUGACCUGAGAGAGUCUGUUUGUAAACUACUGUUGAGUUGUUCAUGACUAUUUAUUUUCUGGAAAUUUAGCCAAGAGAUAGGACUUUGUGCAGUGUGUUUUUGUAAAGAUGCUUUUCAAUGCAUAUUGGUCCGUUUAUAUUUAGUUAGUUUUUUGUUGUUGUUAUAAAAUGGCUACAGCACUAUGAAUUGUACCAGUAAAGAAUUUUAAUUUUGA